CGAAAAAGUUUUUAAAUUUGUAACAAAGUCUAUUCACCCCCUCUAGACUUUGUAUCUCACCAUUUCGGGACCACCAAUUGGUAUCGGAGCUUACUUCUCACUAUCUACUUUUAGAUUAACGAGAAGCGAUCAGAAUGGUGAACAAUAUGGAUCACGGUUUGCCCAAGUUUUCUCUUAUAGGUUAUGAUGAUUGGAAGAUCAUGACGGAAGCAAAUCUCUAUGCUCUACAUGAUUGCAUGUGGAUGGUGCUUGAGGAUGGACCCUUGAAAAUCCAAAUGGAGAACCCUGAGAGGAAUCUAGCUGCUCCAGAUGUAGUCCAGUACAUUCCAAAUCCCAAAGAAAAAUGGGAUGAUAGAGAUUGCAAAAAGCACAAUCUGGAAAACGUCACCAAAGCAGCCAUCUUCAAGACACUUGAUCCCAGCACCUUCUCCAAGAUUAAGCAUCUCAAGACUGCCAUGGAGAUUUGGCAAGGUCAUGGGAAGCUAUGUGAGGGAUCAGAGGACUUGAGAAAGCAGAAGAUAGAAGUCCUGCUUGAGAAGUUCAAAAGCUUCAAAAUGCUUCCCGGAGAAUCAUUUGAUAUGUUGGAUGAAAGAUUCCACAAAAUAUUGAAUGAUCUUGCUUCACUUAACCACAUUCUUUCUCCCAAAGAAAAGAAUGUAAGGUUGCUCAGAUCACUCCCAACUGAUUGGUACACCAAAGCCACAUCCAUGAAAGAAGGAAGAAACCUGGAGAACUACACUGUUCAAGGUCUCCUUGAUGAACUCAGAACCUAUGAGCACGAGCUGAAGAAGAAGAAGGAAGAACAAGUAACUCCCUUCCCCACGGCAUUGAUGACAACUUCAAGAAUCCCAUCAAGUGAAGGGACAUGCACAAGAAACUGUGACACACCUUUCUCCAGCCAGCCGUCAAGCUCAAAAAUGGAAAACUAUGAUGAGGACUUUGCCAUGAUGGUCAAACAAUUCCGGAAGUUCUUCAAGAAGGCUGAUUCAAUCAGAAGGCCAUCCAAGGGAAAGCCACAGGUAAGUGACUCCCCUCCUGAAUCUUAUUUAUGCUAUAACUGCAGGAAGCCUGGCCACUGGAAGUCAGCAUGCCCGUACCCAAAGGUGGAGAAGUACGGAGAAAGAGAAAGGAUCGAGAAGAAAAAGAAAGCAAUGGUUGCUGCUGAAAGUGACGAGUCAUCCAGCUCAAGCUCGGAUGAAGAAGCACUCAUCUUCAUGGAGCGCAGAGUUGAGAAGUCCAACCAUGAGGAUAGGUGGACUAUGUCAGAAGAUGACACUCUCUGCCUAAUGGCCAAAGAUGAUGUUGAUCAAGAGGUAACCUCACAAACCUCCUGCUCAUCUUCUUAUAGCAUACCAACCUCUGAAAAUCUUUUUGACCAGUUCAAAAAGAUGAUGAAAGACUUUGAGGAGAUAAAUCUUAAACACUCAUCCUUAACAGAAGAGAACAAACUAUUGAGUGAAGAGAAUCUCAAGUUGACUGAAAGUCGGAAAAGUCAACUGAAUGAGAUCACUCAACUCAAGACUGAAAAUGAAUCUCUCUCUGAAAAGGUGAAAUCCCUUAACAAAGAGCUAGAGAUACUCAAGUCCAAAGAAGCAGUGAACAAGCUGCUUGAAACGACCAAACAUAAGGGUCGCAAAGGACUUGGGUUUGACCCCUCUAGUUCCAAAAGGAAAGGGAAGACAACUUUCAUCCCUCCUAAACCUACUGUCAAACCUAAUAAGCAGAAAGGGAAGGAAAAGGAGAAACCAACAGAAGUUCCCAAAAAGGACAUGGCAUCUCUCAAGAACAUCUCCACAAAUGAAGUCAUUCUCACUGGGAAGAGAAUCAGAAACAUCUAUGAAGUGAUAUGGAGCAAUGUCAAGGAAGCAUGUCUAAUCAGCAAAGAUGAAGCCAUCUUCCUUGGAUAUUCUAUGGUGAGCAAGGCAUUCAGAGUUUUCAACAAAAGAACCAUGAUCACUGAAGAGUCAAUAGAUGUUAUUUUUGAUGAGAAACAUGUGGUUGACAAGCCAUCAAAGCAUGAUCAUGAGGUUCUGGAUCUAUCUUGUUGAACAACUUACGCAUCUCUAGAGGGGGAGUGAGCUCCUUGUUACUAUUCUCCAUGCCAAACAUCUCAUUCAAUUCACCACUAGAAAUAGUAACCUCUUUACCACAAAACUUAGAAAUAAUCACAUAUUGAUGAUUUCUACGCUUGAAAGUCAUAUCGGAGUAGAAAGCUUUAAUAUAAUUAACCGGGAUAUGAGAUUCAUGAAUUGUCACAACAUUUAUCAACCCCGAAGAACGAAGCUUAGACAAAA